UCCUCAGGCAGAAGAGAAGAGAAGAAAGCAGGAAUACCGAGGGACACCCGAUCCAUGAACCCAAGCUCUCUGAUCAAAUAAUUCCAAUCACAGAAAUGGCGAACGUGUCGGUGGCCGCGGAGUGGCAGCUCCUGGGCGACCGGUACUACCGCAAGCCCGAGCUCUACCAGCCGAUGCGGUGGAAGCACAUCGACCUGAACCGCAACAAGGUCGCCUGCGCCCCCUUCGGCGGUCCCAUCGCCCUUAUCCGAGACGACUCCAAGAUUGUCCAGCUCUACGCCGAGUCCGCCCUCCGCAAGCUCCGCAUCUUCAACUCUGCCGGCCUCCUCCUCUCCGAUGCCGUCUGGAAGAACCCUGGCGGCCGCCUCAUCGGCCUGUCCUGGACCGAUGACCAAACCCUCGUCUGCAUCGUCCAGGACGGCACUGUUUACCGCUACACCGUCCACGCGGAGCCCCUUGAGCCCAACCUCUCCAUCCUAGGCCGCGAGCACUUCGACGAGAACGUGGUCGAGUGCGUUUUCUGGGGAAACGGCGUCGUCUGCGUCACCGAGACCUGCAAGGUCUUUUCCAUUUCCGAUUUCAAGAACCCGAUGCCAGUGAGGCUGGCGGACCCGGUGGCAGCUGCGGCGGAGACGGAGGAGCUGCCGCAUUGCGUGGCGGUGAUUGAGCCACAGUACACGAUGUCCGGGAAUGUAGAGGUGCUCUUGGCGAUCGGGGAUGCAGUGGUGAUGGUGGAGGAGGACGAGGUGCAGCCUUUGCCGUUGCCGCCCGGCGACGGACCGCUUCAGAAGAUGGUGGUCUCGGGGAAUGGGAGGUUCGUCGCGUCGUUCACGCACGAUGGCCGAAUGGCAGUCUUCUCUACGAGGUUCGAGAGGAUUUUUGAAUACCAAUGCGAGUCGGCUCUUCCUCCUGAGCAACUAGCUUGGUGUGGAUUAGACAGUGUGCUACUUUAUUGGGAUGAUAUGCUUCUGAUGGUCGGUCCAUCUGAUGAACCAGUGCGCUACCUGUAUGAUGAACCAAUAGUUCUUAUCCCUGAGUGUGAUGGAGUGAGGAUAUUGUGUAACACAAGUAUGGAAUUUCUACAACUGGUACCUAGUUCUACUGUAUCCAUCUUUAAGAUUGGGAGUACAUCACCUGCAGCUUUACUGUAUGAUGCUUUGGAUCAUUUUGACAGGCGCAGUGCCAAGGCAGAUGAGAAUUUGCGAUUGAUAAGAUCCUCCUUGCCAGAGGCUGUUGAAGCAUGCGUUGAUGCUGCUGGUCAUGAAUUUGAUGUUUCACGUCAAAGAACACUACUGAGAGCUGCAAGCUAUGGGCAAGCCUUUUGCAGCAAUUUUCAACGUGAUCGUAUUCAAGAGAUGUGUAGAACUUUGCGAGUCUUAAAUGCUGUGUGCAGCCCUGAGAUUGGCAUCCCUCUUAGCAUUCAGCAAUAUAAGUUGCUUACACCAUCUGUUCUGAUUGGUCGUUUGAUUAAUGCGCACCAACACCUUCUUGCUCUUCGGAUAGCUGAGUACCUUGGAAUGAAUCAAGAGGUGGUGAUAAUGCACUGGGCAUGUUCAAAGAUAACUGCUUCAUCAGCAAUACCUGAUGCCACUCUCCUUGAAAUCUUACUGGAUAAGCUGAAAUUGUGCAAAGGAAUAUCCUAUGCUGCAGUUGCUGCUCAUGCUGAUAAGAAUGGACGCCGGAGAUUAGCUGCUAUGCUUGUUGAACAUGAACCACGUUCCUCUAAACAGGUCCCUCUUCUUUUAAGCAUAGGAGAGGAAGAUACAGCUUUGACGAAGGCAACUGAGAGUGGUGAUACUGACCUUGUUUAUCUUGUUUUGUUUCAUAUCUGGCAAAAGAGGCAACCAUUGGAGUUUUUUGGAACGAUACAGGCCCGACCCCUAGCUCGGGAUUUGUUUAUAACUUAUGCACGGUGUCAUAAGCAUGAAUUCCUGAAGGAUUUCUUCCUUUCAACUGGACAACUCCAGGAGGUGGCUUUUCUUUUAUGGAAAGAAUCAUGGGAACUAGGAAAGAAUCCCAUGGCAAGCAAAGGAUCUCCACUCCAUGGUCCACGCAUAAAACUUAUUGAGAAGGCCCAAAGUCUUUUCUCCGAAACAAAGGAACAUUCCUUUGAGUCGAAGGCCGCUGAAGAGCAUGCAAAAUUGUUAAGAAUGCAACAUGAGUUGGAGGUGACUACAAAGCAGGCCAUUUUUGUUGAUUCAAGCAUCAGUGAUACAAUCCGGACAUGUAUUGUAUUGGGAAAUCAUCGAGCUGCAGUGAAAGUGAAAACAGAAUUCAAGGUAUCUGAGAAGAGAUGGUAUUGGCUUAAGAUUUUUGCUUUGGCUACAAUCAGAGAUUGGGAUGCCCUGGAAAAGUUUUCGAAGGAAAAGAGACCACCAAUUGGUUACAGGCCAUUUGUGGAGGCAUGCAUUGAGGCAGAUGAAAAAGGGGAAGCUCUAAAAUAUAUCCCAAAGGUCGCAGAUCCUCGAGAAAGAGCUGAGUCUUAUGCUCGGAUUGGCAUGGCCAAGGAAGCUGCUGAUGCUGCUUCUCAGGCAAAAGAUGGUGAAUUGCUUGGUAGAUUGAAAUUGACCUUUGCACAAAAUGCAGCAGCUUCUUCAAUUUUUGAUACUCUUCGAGACAGACUGUCCUUCCAAGGCGUUUCAUAGUCUUCUGAAUCCAUUUUUGGUUUUCCAUUUUCUCAUUAUUUUCUUUUCUGUGUGCAUUUUGUGCAUAUUGUUCUUCAUCAGUUGUGUAUAUUGCUGGAUGAAUGUAAUGGGACAAUGUUUUGUUUACUCGUGUGAUUUAUACUGGAAGUGCAGCCCACUAUACUGGUUCUUUAAGAUAUUCAUUAUGAUAUUUCACUU